UUUUUUGCCUGUAUUAUAUUUUAUCCUUCAGAAUAAUAACGACCACGCUUUGCAUUUAUACGGGUAUCUUCAUACGUUUCUGAACGCAUUUAGGUUUGUUAUGCGACACAAGCGCUGUCUAUCCGAUAGAUCCAAAACUAAUAAAUUCAAAAAAAUCAGUUUGGUUUGUUGUAAAUGUCAAAGUGUAGCGUACAUUUUAUAUGAAAUAAAUUUACUAAACAUUGCGUGAAUUUAACUGAAAGUGAAAUAAACCCAACCGAUAUAUUAUGAAAAAUAUGUUCUAAGUGGUAUAUUGAUAUCUAUCUACUUUGUGAUCUUGUGAGACAUGGAUCCUUUCACUCAGCGCAUGUUAGAAAGAGCGAGGGCUAGGCAGGAGAAAAUCGACCAGAAACUUGCAAGUUCCGGGCAAAAAGUCCCUAAAAGGAAACCACUGACUGAAAACAUAGCUAAUUUGAAAACUGAGUCGCCGGUGAAGUCCCCGUCCAAACCGAGCAGGGAUUCUAUAUCCUCACCCAGGAAAUCAGCAAUCAAAUCUGACUCUCCGGUUCGUUCUCCCAGUCGAAGAAGCAUUCAGAAACCAGACCAAACAUCCUCAGUUCAGAAACGCAAUGAACUAACAGUGACAAAGGCGAAGCCCGACCUGGCAUCGCCUCAGAAACGCAACGAGUUUAUUGUGACUAAAAAGGAGUAUAAGACUCCAAAGCGAGCCAGCUCUGGUCGACGCAACUCUGAUGUGUCCGUCGAGAUCAACAUUAUGCACCGUGACGACAUCCAGAUUGAAGUCCAAGUGGAGGAGAGGGACGCUCCCAUGAGUGUAGUCUACGACUCCCACCCCGGCAGCACUAGCCAUGUCAUUGUGGAAGAAAUUCAUGAAGAAGCUCCAAAGAAGUUGCUAGAACGCGAGGACAGUGACAUGUCAGAGCACCGGAGCGAGCGUGCCGGCCUCCGACACAACAUCAAGUCAAGACUGGACCGACUCGGCAUCCUCUAUUCUGACAAAGCUGACCUCUCGUCGCCCAUCCACCGUACGGAGCAGGAGUUCAGCUCGGCCACGCCGCCCGCCACGGAGUUCGAGAAGCAGACGCCGCGGCCGCGCCCCCCCGCCGAGGGCAAGAGGAAGUUCGGCCGCCUCGCCGCGCUGGCCGACCAGAUCAACAACUGGGAGGACGACCUGACCCACCAUGGGCAACCGGAGCCGACUAAAAAGAACAACAAAGACACGAAGGCCGAGUCUCCCACUCUCGACGUGUCCAUACAUUCCCUAAACGACAUCAACAAGGUGCUACAGACAACGACUAAGUGUAAAGAGAGCACAAAACCGGUCAACUCUCACACAUAUACUAAACCAUCCAACGAUGUUCACCUACUGAACAGAAAAGUUAUAGCAGAACUGGAGGGCGACGGCUACCGGCGCGUCUCCGCCGGCCAAUCGCGGCUCGUUUAUGAUUUCUCUACGACGACACCCGACCGCGCCCGACAGGAGCCGAGCGCGACUACCCCCAGUGCGGCGCGGACCCCCAACAUGGCCGCUCUCGUCGCCGCCCCGCCGACCGUGUCCAAGAAGCCCUCCAUCAAGAAGUACAAGGCGCCCACGCCGCCCCGGACUGACCCGGCUGACGAGAACAGCGACGCUGACAAAGACAAGGAGAACAAUGUCCUCCAGCCCGAGGAGAACCGCAAUGACGACACGGAUUGUGUACAAACAAAGCCGGACGAGGGCAAAGCACCGGAACAGGGCUCGCCGGUUGUAAAGCGAAUGGCGCCAAAAUUAAACGGAAACGCUGAUAGGAGUUCCGUGCUGUCGCGAGCGGCGAUGUUCGAGGCUGGCAGCCCGAGAGCCAAGGACCCAGCUGAAAUGUCUCUGAGGGAACGCAAAGCUCUGUUCGAAAAAAAUAAGGGUGUCGCUAUUGUGCCCAAAGCACCGUUCGGACAGGCCCCCUCGGCCAAGGCGCUGCAGGGGAACAACAACAAAGCCGACCCAAAACCGGCGAAACCAGUCGCUCCAGCCCCCUCCACAUCCACCAGCAGCUCCAGAACUAACUCUAAAGAGAACAUCCCCAACAACAGCUCCAGAACUAACUCUAAAGAGAGCAUCUCGAACGACCACGGGAGUCAGGGCUCGGUGGGAGGGAUCAAGGGGAAACUGGCCGCGCUGUUCAACAAGGAACAGACGAUCAGCGAGACGACUAUAGCCAACAAGUUCAAACAGGAGAGGGAGAAAGAGAUGGAGAUGCUGCAGAAUCGGUUUCAGUAUAAGCCAAAACCCGAGUCCAAGCCCGACCCGGACUCCGACGAAGACCCCAGCGAGCAUGACCCCUCGGAAGACGCCCCGCUAAUGGGCAGCACCCUGAGCCUGCAGCCGCGGAGGCCGGAGAUCAUAGCCAACAUACCCAAGGUCACCCUCGACAAGAGCCAGUCUGUCAGCCAGCUGAAUGAGGAGAGAGAGGUGGUCGCCGCGCAGCCGGUUAAGAGACGAAGUUCGCAAGACUCGCCAGUGGUACUGUCAGUGCUAGAGGACGUAAAAAGGAUAAAAGUUAACAACAAAAAGGAACCUCAAACAAACGGAGCUGUGGCACAACCGUCCUUGUACCCGCAUCUGUCAGACAUAGAGACAGACACUUCACACACACAAGAAGAGUACUCCGACUGUGGUGGAUCAAGUGAAGAAAAUGGCUACGAGAACGACAAACUGAACAAAUCUGACAACUGGGCAGAGACUUCGUUUGGUCGGGAAGUUAUGAACGUGGUGAAGAAGAACAACACGUCGUACAAGAAGGCGGUGCGCUCGGACAGCGAGACCUCGGCCAGCGACAUGAACAGCGAGCUGGACGAGCUGCUGGACGACGCACUGGACCGCAGCGAGGGACCCACGCCGCCCAAACUGAACAAGAACACCAACGUCAUCUCCUCAAAGAGCUUCACGUACGAGGACGGGACUCCUCAGCGGCAGUUCAAGUCUCCGCUCAAGAGCCAGCCAAUACCAGCCCAGGAUAAACUGGGCGAGCUCGUGCACAGCGUCAGCUUCUACCGCCGCAUGCAGAACACUUCGGCACCAUCGACCCCGAUGCGCACAGUCCGUCGCGACUCCCCCUCCCCCCCUCCCGCCGCCGCGCCCCCCGCCGCCACCACCGUGCGCCGCCGCAUACAGGACCUGCACGCCGAGAUCAGCAAGCAGCAGACCGUCAUCUCACAGGCGAGUCAAGCCCUAAAUCUGUGCGCAUCGACGGUGGAGUUCAGCGGCUCCACGGAGCAGGCCGAGGGGGAACGACUGCUGCUGUUAGCCACGCACCGCCGCCAGGCCUGCCUACACGAGGUGCAACGACUACAAGUAGAGGGCGCGGGGCGCGCGGGCGAGGCGGGCAUGGCCUCCAUACACAUGCACGGCCUACACGUGCCGCUGCGCCGCGACUACACGAGGCAACUCAACGCAGAUGGCGCCGUCGGCCACCACGCCGUGUGCCUGCUCAAGUGCCGCGACCGCGUGCUGGCGAGCUCCAUGCAGCUCACGGCGCCCGCCGCCGCCGCGCUGCACUUCCCCGACGAGAUCCGCAUGGACGGGCUCGCCAGCGACUUCAAGGUGACCAUAGAAGUGUAUCUCCUGCAGGCGUCCAAGGAGAUGUUGCCACACGACGUCAAGUAUCACAUCUCCAAGAAAAACAUCAAGUCGAGCUCCAAGCUCCUGACCCCCAAGUCCAAGGUCUCCGAGCUGAAGACCCCCAAGGUCUCGUCCCCCGGCGGGCCGCUGUCGGUCCGCUCCCCGCAGUUCCAGCCGCACGGCUACUGCAUCUUCGCGCUGCAGCAGGCCAGCCGGCAGACCUUCACGCUCAACAAGGUUCCCCACGGCAGUCCACUCGAUGGAUCCAUCAAUCUCAACAUCAAGGCCAGAGUCAGGGUGCCGGCGCCUGAGCCGCACGCGGCGUUCCUGACGGCGUUCGACGACGUGAGCGGGCUGGGCGCGUGGCACCGCCGCUGGUUCCUGCUGCAGCCGCCCCGGCUCAGCUACUGGAAGUACCCCGAUGAUGUGCAGAAGAAGAUGCCGAUCGGCGACAUCGACCUAACCACGGUCAUAUCUGACAAGGUAUCGCGGGCUCCCCGCGACCUGUGCGCGCGGCCUAACACCCUGCUUCUAGAGUCUUCUGUACCGCCCGGCCUGAUCGUCCCGGACAGCGGGUCUCUGGUCUACUUCCGACGACCAGACGGGUCCAUAGUCAGGAGACACCUGCUGGCUGCCGACACGCCUAAGGAUAGGGACAUCUGGCUGGAGACCUUGAAUAGAGCGCUGGAGUAUGUGAGGUGCAGUAUGACUGAUGAUGAUUGAGGUGGGAGUGGAGCUUUUUGACUAGCGGUAGAUAGUAUUGGUAUAGUUAGUUUCGUUUGUAGGUUUGCUUUAAAUAUACAAAUAUAUAUUUUAUUUUAUCAUACUGACUUAUAUUACAUGUAUGUGUAAUGAUUACUUUUAGGUUUCUAUAGAAUUUAACACAUAAUAUAGCUUUUGUAUUUUACUAACAUUUUAACCAUGAUAGAAUGUGUAGUACUAUAAAGUACAAUAUGAUGAAACUUGGACAAUAUCACUAGAAAGUGUGUGACGCAAUAAAUGCUA